UCAAUAUACAUAAUUUUAUCAGUUCCUUCAACAUCAGCAGCCUCACUUUCCCCUUUGUUUUGUCACUUGCCCUCGUUCUGCAGUCCCAUCAUCCAUGGCUUCGUUUUCAAAUUUUCAUUUCAUCAUCGGCAUCAUCCUUCUUGUUAAUAUAGUUCAAGGAACUGGUGGCGAGAUUGUAUUCGAGGAAGGUUACACUGUCUCAACAGUUAUCGACGGCGAUAAGCUUCACAUUAACCCUUACUCUGUCUUAUCCUUGUAUGGAUCAUCGUCCGAUCUGAUCAUUCUCGACUCCGUUAAAAGUACAUUUUACACAGUCUCGUUUUCCGAUUCUCAAGUGAGUGAGAUGAAGGAGCUCUCUGGUAAUGGUGUUGCUGGGUACAAGGAUGGUGAUUUGGGGUCUGCCAUGUUUAAUAAGCCCAAAAGCUUUGCACUUGAUAGGAAAAACAACAUCUACAUUGCAGACAAAACCAACCAUGUCAUAAGGAAAAUAACCAAAUCAGGCGUGACCACAAUUGCUGGAGGGUAUCUACAAAAGACAGGAAAAGCAGAUGGACCUGCACAAAAUGCAUCAUUCUCUGAUGAUUUUGAAUUGGCUUUUGAUCCUCAAAGAUGUGCUCUAUUGAUCUCUGAUCAUGGCAAUAGAUUAGUCAGACAAAUUGAUCUGAAGCCCAAUGAUUGUAGUGGCAGUUCUUCUGGAUCUGGAGUGGGGUCCACCACAGCCUGGAGUAUAGGCGUGAUAGUUGCUUGUGUUAUUGGGUUGAUCAUUGGGUUUGCCAUUCGUCCUUAUGUCCUUCCUCAUGAAACAACAUCAGGCCAGGUCAGCAUGACAUGGAAGCAUUACCUAAUCAAUCUGGAGAAACAAGUGGUGACCUUUUGCUUCGUCAUCAGAAGCGCAAUUGUUAGCCAUAAACUCUCCCAAUUUCCAAUCAGACUUUUGAGGUUAUCUCUUUCUCAAAUCUCUCUAAUGUUUGGGCUUAACAUCAUUAGACCUCCACCUACCCCUGUAAAACCUAUUGUGUCUUUGUUAGAUUGUGAUGACGUGGCACCUACGUGUGUGACAACUGUGUCUUUAUUAGAUAAGUUAGGUAACAAUGAGACAUCCAUAACCCAGGAUUUGGUUAACGAGUUGAAGGAUUUAGUUACUUUUGAUGCUACCCUUAAAAACCCUAAACCUUUGUUAGAUCAAGAAAAUGGUUAUGGUGUCAAAAAUGAAGAGAAGUCGAAGAUAGAUAGGCAGAUAUAUGCUAACUUUGAGGGUUUUGUGGAAACUAGUAAUACAACUUCAUCCGUUGGUGAAUCAUGGGGGAUUACUUCUUAGUUUAGUUUAGUUUUGUUUGUAAGUCAUAUGUCUGGUUUCCUACUUUUGUCUAGUUGUUAAUGUGUUGAAAGUUGAUGAAAUGUUAUGUAAAAAGUGUGAAUGAUGGCUUUCUAUUUCUUACCCGAUAAAAGAUGUACAUGUUUUUAUACAAUAAGUUGGUCAGAUUUGGGUUAUAUUAAAAGUGUUUUAGCUUUAGUAUGAUGUUAAAUAGAUAAAGAGGAAAUGGGUCAAAGACAAAAGACACCAAACGUCUUCGUGCACGUGAUUUCCCAAGUAUUUUAUCCUAUUUUAUUGAAAAGUAUUUUGCAUUUUUUUUACUAUUAUAUAAAAGGAUUUCUAUUUGCAUUUGGUGGGGUGCACAAGACAAGAGUGGGAUACAGAUUAUCGCCCUAUCGCCCAUCUUGGAGCUUCUUAUAAAAUCGUUUUUUUGAGGACUAAGGUUGGUGUAUCACGUGCCUAUCUUACGAAAAUAAAGACCUGUAGUGCAAGAGAAAUUUUUAGGGACUAGAAUAUACUCACGAUCCAAAUAUACAAGAGGUGUUGACCUUAAUGGUCACCUGAAAAGAACUUGUCUCGAGUAAUAACCACAUAUUUUCGAAAUUUAAGAAUAUAAAAUCUUCAAAAUUACAUCCUCUUGACAGAAAGGUGGUUCAGAAAUUGCUUUUUAUGAUAAAAUAGUUUGAAAUUUUCGUUUUUUUUUUCUCUGUCUCUAGUAGUUUCGAGAAUUCAUGUGUUUCGAAAAAUAUCUAGUUCGAAAAUUUCAAACUUGUUCAUGAUUUCUGAACCUGUUCUUUGACGUUUUUUGGGUCGAGUUUGAACUUUUUUUGAAAAAAAGAUGAUGGUUGGGAAUAAAUGCAAGAGAGAGAAAAAUAAAAUAGAAAAAACAAUUUGAAAUUGAAAAAAAUUAUAAAAUCAUUUUUAGCAACGUUUUGUCUGAAUUUCAUUUUUCUUUUCUUUUUGGAAAUUUCUAUCAUCAAAAUUCGUAGAUAUAUUCUCAAAUACCGAAGAUAUACUGUUAUUAUAUGAGAUGAGUUUUUUUUUUUAAAUUUUUUUUAUGUGGCCGUUAAGGAGUCAAUAUUUCAAAAUAAAAUUUACUCUUAAUAUAUUAAUCACAUGAUUGACAAUAAAACUAUAAGAUUUGUGGAAAACAUGUUCAUUCCCUCACAUUUGAAACCUAGAUAAAUCGCUUUCAGUACUUCUUGAAAACAGUCCAAAUAAAAGAAUUCACCUAGGAAAGUCAAAAUUUUGCAAUCUGUCUCUAUCCCAUCGACAUUAGACCCACUCACAUACGUACAAAUGCAAAAGCUAUUUUCAGAGAAAAGUUUCUGAUCAAUGGUUAGGACUUGGGAUGUUAGAAAGUCUUUUACUUUUUAAUGAGGAGAAAAAAAAAAAAAAAAAAAAACUGUGCACUCUUGUGUUUUUAUAAAACCAAAACUCCACUAGAAACAAACGUAACCGGCAUCCAAACAGCUUUGACACCUCUCACCCAGACCCAGCUAACUAAAGUAAAAGAAAGAGUUUUCAUUUUUCAAAAAGAAAAAAAAAAAAAACAAAA